CAUUUCCCAUCAACGGUCAAGAUCCAUCUCCUCUUCUUCUUCUUCAAACUAAUCUCCACCGUUAGAUCAUCUCUAAACCUAACCACGGUUUAAUCUUUAACCACGGUUUGUUUCGGUCAGCCAGGUAGGGGCCUCUGUGAUGUCCUUCAAGACUUUUUAUUUUCUCUCCAUUACCAAAGUCACCAAGAAAACAGAAGAAAGAGAGAGAGAGAGAGAGAGAGAGUUUUGUUCUUCUUCUUUCUGGUCUUUUGCUUUGCUUUGGUUACGUGAUCUCUCUCAUCAAUCUUCUGAAAAUCAUCAUUCUCAUCAUCAUUAGCUUCUUGAUUUUUUUCUUUUUUUGUUUCAAGAAACUAAGCAAAGUUUCUAUUUAUGGUUUUCUGAUUUUCUUCUACAGAUCUAUUAUUUGAUUCUCUUUGAUCAUUGUCAACGUUUUCUUCUUUUGUAUUAAUCAUCACAGUUCUUGAGAAUUUCUUCAUUUUUUUUUCUUAAACUGAUUCGAGUUCCUUCUUCUUCAGUCUUGUUCUUGAUAGAUCUAGUAUUUGUUUUUACUCUCCAGAUCUAUAGAUCUGUUGAAUUCACUUCUUUAAGUCAUCUCUGUGUUCUUGAGCUCCUAUGUUCUAAGUCAAACUCAAGUUCAAGAUCUGGUGAAUUGAAUCUUGCUGCUGAAGUUAGAGAUGAAUUAUUUCCCAGAUGAAGUAAUAGAGCACGUAUUCGACUUCGUAACAUCUCACAAAGACAGGAAUGCUAUAUCUCUUGUAUGCAAAUCAUGGUACAAGAUUGAAAGAUUCAGUAGGCAAAAGGUUUUCAUUGGAAACUGUUAUGCCAUUAAUCCAGAGAGGUUGCUUCGGAGAUUCCCAUGUUUAAAGUCUUUGACUUUGAAAGGAAAACCUCAUUUUGCGGAUUUCAAUUUGGUUCCUCAUGAAUGGGGAGGUUUUGUGCUACCUUGGAUUGAGGCUUUAGCUAGAAGUCGUGUAGGACUUGAGGAGCUUAGGUUGAAGAGGAUGGUUGUUACUGAUGAGAGUCUUGAGCUGCUUUCUCGUUCUUUUGUGAAUUUUAAGUCUUUGGUGCUUGUUAGCUGUGAAGGUUUUACUACUGAUGGUCUUGCCUCUAUUGCCGCUAAUUGCAGGCAUCUUCGGGAUCUUGACUUGCAAGAGAAUGAAAUCGAUGAUCAUAGAGGUCAAUGGUUAAGUUGUUUCCCCGACACUUGUACGACCCUUGUCACGCUUAACUUUGCCUGUCUUGAAGGAGAAACAAAUCUGGUUGCUCUAGAGAGGCUUGUUGCUAGGUCUCCAAACCUAAAGAGUCUGAAGCUAAACCGUGCAGUGCCGUUAGAUGCACUUGCAAGGUUAAUGGCGUGUGCGCCGCAGAUAGUUGAUUUAGGAGUAGGGUCGUAUGAGAAUGACCCAGAUUCAGAGUCUUACAUGAAACUCAAGGCUGCUAUAAAGAAAUGCACUUCGUUAAGGAGUUUGUCGGGUUUUCUAGAGGCUGCUCCUCACUGUCUCUCAGCUUUCCACCCAAUAUGUCAUAACCUUACCUCCUUGAAUCUUAGUUAUGCAGCUGAGAUUCAUGGCAGCCACCUUAUUAAGCUUAUUCAGCAUUGCAAGAAACUUCAGCGGUUAUGGAUAUUGGAUAGUAUAGGUGACAAAGGGCUUGAAGUUGUAGCUUCUACAUGUAAAGAGUUACAAGAGCUUAGAGUUUUUCCAUCUGAUUUACUCGGUGGAGGCAACACAGCUGUGACCGAAGAAGGUCUAGUUGCCAUCUCCGCGGGUUGCCCUAAGCUUCACUCGAUACUAUACUUCUGCCAGCAGAUGACAAACGCAGCUCUCGUAACCGUUGCCAAGAACUGUCCAAAUUUCAUCCGGUUUAGACUCUGCAUCCUGGAGCCAAACAAACCCGAUCACGUGACAUCUCAACCUCUGGACGAAGGGUUUGGAGCAAUUGUGAAAGCCUGCAAGAGCCUGAGACGGCUUUCCCACUCAGGUCUCCUCACAGACCAAGUCUUCCUCUACAUCGGUAUGUAUGCGAAUCAGCUCGAGAUGCUCUCAAUAGCUUUCGCAGGGGAUACAGACAAAGGCAUGCUUUAUGUGUUGAAUGGUUGCAAAAAGAUGAAAAAGCUAGAGAUUCGGGAUAGUCCGUUUGGCGACACGGCGCUUCUUGCUGAUGUGAGCAAGUACGAAACAAUGCGAUCCCUUUGGAUGUCGUCAUGUGAAGUCACACUCAGCGGAUGCAAAAGGCUCGCACAGAAAGCGCCAUGGCUCAAUGUUGAGAUCAUAAACGAGAAUGAUAAUAACCGGAUGGAGGAAAACGGACACGAAGGAAGACAGAAAGUUGAUAAAAUGUAUCUCUACCGGACUGUGGUUGGGACAAGAAUGGAUGCGCCGCCAUUUGUGUGGAUUCUCUAGUCCUUUUCAGACCAAAACAUGGAACUGGUUCAAUGCUUCUGGUUUCUGAGAUUCUGAUUGGUUUAGUGUGUCCUUCCCAAAUUAGGUGUAUGUUUUUUUUUUUUUUUCUUUAAAUUAAGACAAGAACUGAUUCUUCUGUGAAAGCCAUUCUGUUUUUGUUUUUGACUUUCCUCCGUUGAUUUAUUGUUUCUUAGUUAUUAUUACAAGUGCUACGUUUUUUCUU